ACAUCAUUUCUAAAUAUAGCAAAACGGAAUAUCAAUUUAAGAUUUUCGUUAACUGCGAGCAUUUUGCAUAUCCUUUUUUAAAAAAACGUCCGAGAUUUGUGGACGCAACAUGCUUUCCACGUGGUUAGGAGUCGUUGUAUUCUUAUCUACAGAAUUCCUGUCUAAAGGAAAUACAUGCCAAUUCGACGUGAAGUUGAAAGCUAUGGAUGUUGUCAAUGAGGGCAGUAAAGUCAAAUUUUCCUGCUCCAUUCCACAAUGUGUAACCGAAGAUAAUCCCGACACCAAAUUUCGGAUGGCGCAUAACGGAACUGAAUUUGGCGAAAUCAGAAAGACGGAAGAAAACGACAAGGGUCUCUCAAUAGCUUAUUUCGAGAAAGAGUUUAAAAGCGGUAGUGAUGCCGGGUUGUAUGCUUGCAGUGCUUUGAUACCUGGGCUAGACAAAGUCACUACCAACUUGAGCGUCAUAUUUCUAUAUGACGAAAAUGCGCAUCAGUUUAUUUGGGCCAACGUACCUGUGAAACCCCCAGAUGUGGACCGUGUCGUCCUUAUUGUAGCAGUUGGGACGGCGGGAGCGGUUGUUGUGGUUGUCAUUAUUUUGGUUAUCGUUCGCAAGCUGAUGUGGUGCUGUCCAGUACGGUCGAACGAUCCAGAAGAAAGCUUGAAUAGAAAAGAAGCAACAACAGAAAUGAAACCAUUUAUAUCAAACGACAAGGAAACCGACGAUGUUCAGAAAACGGACAACGAACAACAAGGCGCAAAUCUUGAGGAACCCAAAUGGCAGCAAAAGAAAGGCCCUAUACGCCAAGUAGUUGAAACGAAAACUGUUGAAGAUCGACCUAAUAUUCCGGUACCUAGUAAAAGGACAAAGAAACUUAAAGAUAAGUCAACAAAAGAUAAGACAACCAUGGACAGCCAAAUUAACACCACAAAAGAGCAAAAGAAAGACAAGGCAGCCAAAGGACCUCAAACGAGAGCGGUAGCAUAUCAAAAGGACAAAACAAAAGCAGACGCGACAGUGAACGGUUCGACAGUCAAAGAACGUCCAAAUAUUCCCGAAGAAAAAAAGAAAUUUCCGGUAGCCAGUAAACGGAAAGAUAAAACGAAUCAAGAGAACGGACCGGAGCACGAACCUCUUAAAUCUACAACUGAAGAAGAGCAAGAGACAGGAUUGUCGUCGAAUCCACCAAACGAAGAUAGUGGAAUUUACAAAACAAUCAUGAAUACACUGGCAUGGGGUAAAGAAAAAGUUUCCCUAGCGUUAGAGCCUGAUGGUGUCGAAGCAAACAAUAUACAAAACACCACUACGUGUACUCUGGAAAUACCGUAAGCAGGAAAUUCUCACGUUUACAUUUUGCCAGAUCUAUUUUUCAGUUACAAUUAGAUAAACAUAAGACAGAAGUUAUGAGUUCGAAAAUUGACAAUAGGCGGCAGUGUUACACUGAUUCGGCUGUUUUGGUAUCAGAGUUUAAACUUUUGUUAAUUUAAUGUAGUGUUUUGUUUGCAUUUAACUUGUGUGUUAUGCAUUUUCUUUAUAUUGUUUUUUUUUGCAUUAAACUUAUCUUUUUUUUGCAUGUGCUUAUAUUUUAUUUUAGCAUUCCAAGGCGAUGACGUUAGUUUUUAUUAUAGCCGAUCGUUUGUAAAAGUGUAGGCAAUAUAGGAAUCAUGUUGUUGGUUGGUACAUCAGGGCGACUAUAUUUCGAUUCCGCUCCGUAAUAUCGUAUCGGCAGUACGGAUUUUUAGCUUUAGCUUUUAAAUGCCUGUCACAAGUCGAGGUGUUCUUUAACCCUUUCCCACUCAGAAGCAAAGUGAAAAUGUCUAUGUGCAAACAGCAUAAAACCAGAACAGCCUGCUAGUAACUUGCAUACUGUUCAGGUUUUAUGCUGUUUGCUGCUCAUCAGUAUCCAAGGGUUGGAAAUGAAGCCUUUAAAACUUGAAUCUAGUAUGAAAGGUCUUUAAAUAAAUGUAACUUUCUACGGCACUACAAAAUACGUUUCUUAUUGAUAAAGGGUUAAAGGCCAGAGAGAAAUGUUAUAUAGUGCAUUUCCUUUCUGCUUCAUACAUUUUUAAUGAUUUGUAGGUCUAGGUCGGCUGCACGACUGUCUGUAUUGACUUAAUGUCAGGUUACUGCCGAACGCCCAUACAUUUUACUUGUAUUUAAACAUACAUUUUGCCCCUUUGUGUACGUAGGAAAGUCAUGUUAAGAUUUCCCGCUAAAACUCGUUAUCUAUUACUAUCGGCUAAAAAUAUUGAUUAAAACUUCGCGUGUCUUAAGUUAUUUUAGUUUUUAAAGUAUCGCUAACAAAGUGCUAUAACUGAAGAGAACAGAUUUCAUGCCCAGUGGAAAAUGUCAGAAAUGUCAGCUGGUUAACGUUCACAAGAGAGAUGAAAUGCAACACAUUCAUUCCUGUAUAUUUUGUGUUGGUUAUUAAAUGUUUAUAUGCGCUCCUCUUAAUUUUUUACCUACAGUUAAACAGAAUCAUGAUCCCGCAGUAUUUAACGUUAAGGUUUACGGCUACUAGAGGUAUGACAAUUUAUCUUCACACGUGUUUAAAGCCUCAUAAAAAGGUCGAUGGCUAACGCUUAAAACUGUUGCCAGCAUAAGAAACCUUUUUGUACUUAACAUUUUCUGUUUUGCUUUAUAUACGGUAAUGUCAUUUUCAGAAAGUGCUUGUCAAAUGUCAAAUGUGAUAUAGAGACAGCUCUCAAAGAGUACAUCACCCAAUUCAUUGAUUGGAAAUGAAUUAACAUUUUAUGUUAUAAGAUAAAACUCCACCGCUUCUCCGCCAUAAUGUUGCGUAACCACUUUAUUCGCAUACUUUCUAUAUUUAUAUUUGUUACUACACGUAUUAAGAUUUUCAGAUUUUUUUAUUGUUCUACUCUUAGGAUGUUCUUGUGUUUACCUUUUUGUGCCUAUUUUUAUAUACAAGUAUUUUUAAUAAUGCCUCUUUUAAGCGUUUAUUUAACGCCUAUAAUGCUAUUCAGAAAAAAAGCAUUGUUUUUUAUCUUCCAUAAAGCUGUUUAUAAUAAAUGCCAUUUUUAAAUCAA